AUGAAGGAUGUUGUAGUGGUCCUUGACGAUGACACUACUAAUGACUCUCGUUCGAGCUACGUGAAGAAGAUAAAGGAUGGUCCAGAAAUUUUUACGUUGAUCAGUGAAGAAGAGGCCCCGAAUAUCCAAGAUCGUAAAGACUACCCUUCUUCUCCGAGGCAAGUAGAGAUUGUCCCGGAUACUAGCGCACAAUACACAAAGGGAUCAGACGAGGUUUAUGCACCAUUCCACCAGGAUGUGAAUUUUACAGGAGAGCAAGACACCCCACAAUCUAUUGAGGCGAUUGAAAUAUUCAAUCAUUCCUUGGAAAGCCGCAAACGUAAGCCAUAUGAUAUCUUGGAUGAAGAAUCAUCUCCUUUUUCUGAAAGUAAAGGAAGAAAAUACCGAAAGGGAAGCAAUUUGGUAUUUGACACCUCGGAGAUGUUGAGAUCAUAUGUCGAUCAAGACUCAAAAGGAGUUAAGACUACAGACGUUCGACAUGAAGAAUCAUCCGAAAUAUUUGAAGACAAUAUGGAAGAGCUUUGUAUCUCUUCUCCGACUACAAACAGAAUACGCUCCCAAACUCUGCGAAGUCAGUCCCUUCGACUGUUUGUUCAAGACAGUGAUGACUCGAGUAUCAACAGGGUGAAACCCUCCAAAGCUUUGAGCCAAGGUUUGAGAGAGCCAAUUGAAACUAACUUGGGCUUCGAAGAUUCGAGUUGCUUGCAUGAUGAAGAAUCGAAAAAUAAUACACACCUGACCUCUACUCGAGAGACCAAACAACUGAAUCAAGGAACAUUCACUGAUCUUAGCAGGCUUCCUAUAUUCUCUAUGUCCAAGAAGGAAGACCAAAUUUUGAGGCAAACAAAAGUUGAUGUUGAUGAAAAGCCGAAGGUCUUGGAGCUCGAACUUAAGAAGUUCCUAUCGGAUGGGGAAGACACACAUAUAUCCGUUAGCCCUGAUACUUCCCUAAAUUCACAGCCAUAUAGCUCGGUCAAUGUAUCAACGAAGAAUAAGGAGCGUAUUGGAGAUGAUUUACAAGCCUCAGAGGUUUCGAGAUUAGCUCCAUAUAUCGUUCAUGGAAGGUGUUACGAUGACAACGAAUCGCGUAUGUUGAUUGAAACUUGGUUGAAGAAAGACAAACGCGCAUUCAAAGAGAGUAAUCAGAUACCAAGGACCAACGAAAAAGCACGCAACUCCAUCCAAAUUGAGUUGCCGGAGAGGCUGAUCGAGAACCUAAAGAAAGCUUGUAAAGGCGAACUGGAGAGUAAUAUUGCGCCUGCGGUCUUUCAACCAAGUGGCGAUGAUUCGCUUCCCAGAAUGCGCUUUUUUAGAAGCUGCCUUAGUGAAUAUGAUUUUAAUCAUGAUGUUUAUUAUCCAUGUGAACCAAUAACUGUGGAAGAAUAUGUCAAUUUAGUCUUCUAUGAUGCUCGUCAUUUUUUUGAACAGUAUAGAAAUGACAAGGAGUACCUCUUCAAGGACCUUAGGGCAAUCUCAAAGGCAGGAAAAUAUCUGAUCAUUGUCCUUUCCGACUUGAAUAAAUUAGAAAAGUCUUUGGAAGCCUUAGAAAACAAGAAAUUUAAGGACAAGGUAGAGUCUCAGCUGACUGGCUCCCAAACUAGUAGAUUUACUGGCACCAAGAGAAAAUCAGAAUCUUUAGAGGAGCUCAGCAUGAAGAAGUUCGAUAUAGAACAAAGGUUAAGGUUUAUAGACCGAUUGUGGGGCGUUAAAAUUCACACAGUUGCAUCUUAUGCCGAAUUCGCCGAUUCAUUGCCAAACCUGAUAUCUAUCAUUGGGAAACAGCGCAUGGACCCUGCCAUAAGAUUUAUGAGAUACUCGCAUAUUAACGGCAGGUCCGGUAAGGAUAAAACUGACGUGCUGCGGCAAACAUUGCAUCAGAUCAACAGAAUGCCAGAAUUGAAAGCUAACAGUGUUGUUUCCGCUUAUCCAACCUUUCAAGCAUUAUUUAAAGAUUUCAGAAAGGGUGAACUAAAGUCAGGUCUUGAUGGGAAGCAUCUUAUGACCGAAGCAAUGGAAAAAAGGCUCUACAAAUUAUUCACCUGUAGGAACCCUAAUGCAUCAAUUGGAUGA